AUGCCUACCGCAGACUACAACCAACCUACUCCAUCACUGACAUCUCCCAGACGCACUACGAAAACUCCCAGCACAUAUGGAUCCACAGGAUACUCUCUACAACCAGAACUACCAACUACUCCUCCUCGUCGCAGUGGUGGUCCUGCAUUGAACUAUAUGGCGACUCCACCACGCACUCCCACAACCAUCUUUCGCUCUGGUGCUGAUUAUGGGAUAAGUGAACGUGAGGCUGGAGUGCAGCAGCAGUUGAAGGUGUUGGCUGCGUUUGAGGCGUUAAGGGAUGGGAAGUUGCCAACCAAUGAACAGCUCUUCAAGAUUAUCGAUCAACUUGCAUCUGCACCUUUCCUCCAACAAAAUCGAGGACGAUUGAGUGCAGAAGGACGUCGUGCUCUACGUAACUUUGAACGUGUUGCAGAAACAUUGAAACGAGUCAUUUCGGAAAAGAAUGCGAAUGAGAAUAUUCAACAUUUCAUCUAUCAUACGCGUGCUGCAUCGCGUGAUGGCGCUGGUGGUAUCUCUGCUCCAGCACUAUCUGAUGUCCAGAAAGGAUUCUCAAGCAUGUACAAUCUCGGUCGUCUACUCCUCACAAAUGAAGAAUUCCGAGACCUCUUGUAUGAAUUCUCUGCAACAUUACAAGAAGUAUUCUUUGGAACUGCUCAGAAGGUAUCAGCUGCAAAACCAGCUGAACGCAAAGCUAGUCAGUGGGGUCUGGAUGAGAGUAAGAAGCGAUCCAAGGCCUCAAUGUUUGACACAACUCGUCGCUCUCAACGCUCAUCAACUGAUUCUCUUGGCCGUACGUAUAAACCUGGACCAGUACCAGACAGCUUGACUGUCACUGGUGCAGGUCCUCAAGCUCUUCCCGUCACCGUCCAUAAAUCAGUACCUAAAAGCAGUACCAGUAGUCCUGAAUCCGCUUCUCCUGCUGAUGCAUCUACAGAAAACCCACCAUCAGAACACCUGCUGUCUGCUGGUGAAUCAUCGUCUUCUGAGAAAGGACUUGCUGGAAGUAUCAAGAGCGCUCUUGGAGGAGAGUCUGCGUCUGGAAAGGUUAUCUCGGCAUUGACGGAAUCUGUUCAGGAGUUGCCUAAUGAGCAAUUGACUUUGAUUAUGGAGAAGUUUCGUCGUGUUAUGAGUGAACUUCAGGAAUACGAUGAAUACCAAGAAGCAGUCUCAUACAUGAUCACCUUGGCUCGUCAAAUGGGUGCAGUCGGCUUCCACCACGCUGACGCAUCACGACGUCGCGGUGGUUCUGUCGCAGAUCCAAACAUCCGUCAAGCCCAACACGAGCUCUUCAAACUAGUCGAAAACUUUGCCAACGGCCAAUCCCUCGAACCGCUAUUCGACUCGCUCUUCAAUAUCCGCUCAUCAAUGAACUCUGAUCGUGAAUUACGUGGUCUUGCACAUGAUGUUGCCCAUUUCCUUGAAAGCUCGCUUAAAGACCCAGAUUUCAUUGAAGAUCAGGAUUAUACGUAUAAAGGGUCGCAGCUCAUCAACCGUGCGCGACGUAUCUUGCUUGACAAGUAUAAGGUCGAUACGAAGAAUGCUCUUGAUUCGAUUCAGGCUGUGUUGGAUGGGUUUAGUAGUGAUGAGCUUACGCAGAAGUUUGGACAAGAUGUGCGUGUGUUGACUCAGGAUUUGUUUCUUGAUGAGAAUGGACGAAUCACUAUCAAGACGAGUUUGAUCAGUGAUGUCUUCAGUGUUAUUCUUCCUAUUGUGAUUGAACAGAUUCGCUACUUGCCCAUUCCUCGAAUUGAGCAUGUAGAUCAAACAUACCACAUUAUUGUUGAGAACAUCAUAUUGACUUCGGAUACUUUCCUUCCAAUCAACGCCACAUUUCAGAACUAUCUGGAAAUCAAAAUCAAGAAUGCUGCUUUGAUUGCUCUACGACGAAAUGACUCGAGUGCUUUAUCUCAUGGGUUUACUCUCAAUCUGCAUCAAAUUCAAGCAAAUAUUGAAGACAUGCCCUUUUACUUCAAGCGCAAGACAUUCCCAUCAAUCACUGAUUGUGGUGUUUUCCUCAUUCCUUUUACUUUGGCUCCAAUAGGCAUCACAGUUAUGGUCAAAGUCGCUAUUGACAAGGACUCUCGCAACCGCACAUUGGUACCACGUCGUAUUCGUGCUUUUGUCGAUCAACUUGAACUCAACAUUCAUGACUCUCAAUACGACACCUUGUACAAAGCUCUCUCCCCCGUCCUCAACAAUGUCCUCAAAACCCAAAUCGCCUCAGCUAUCGAAACCCAAGUAUUCGACUCCAUCAUGAGUGCCGAUGAAGCAAUCACUGAUUGGAAGGUCAAACACUUGCUAUCAGAAGGACCUGAAUAUGAAACAGAUUCUGAAGAAGGUGGCGGUGGUGGCGGAGGAGAAGGAGGACGUCGUCUCGCUUCAAAGUCAACAAUGUCGAAAUUCUUGGGAUCUAUUGGAGCUUCUCGUGCGUCAGGGAUCUCAUUAAAGGGACAACGCAAACGUCCUGCUUUGGGAUUGGGAAGGGGUGGUGGUGGCAAGGCUGGUGGAUAUACCAGUGCGUGGCAGACUGAGAUCUUCGAUUAA